CUUAUCCGUUUCUAUCAAAAUACCACUUGCUUUCGCUAUUUAUCGUUUUACAUCAAACACAGAAAUAAAAAACAAAUUAUUUAUUAUUGACGAUGCGAAAUUCAUCUAUGUUGUGUUUACUCGAUGCAAAUAGUAGCAGCUAAUAAUAAUAAAAAGAUACUUUGAGACAGCCAAUAAGCAAGAUAUAUAUUCUCACAGCCAACUGAUUUUAAUCCGUUGAUCUUAUUACCAAACGACUUAAAAUGGCUCAAACAACGUAUAAACAUCAAAAUAUUGAAACUCACAGAGCUCUCGAAUUAUUAUCAGAUUUUUAUGGUAAACUUAUUGAAUCGCAAGAAAAGUAUCUUGUUAUUGAGACCGAAAGAUUAAUCCGUUUACUGAAGAGUAAGUUUUUUCAAGCAUUAAUAGACAUCAGAGAAUAUUACCAAAUUACAGCACUCGACUCUUCUGGACAAAUCACUUAUCCAUACUUUGAUAAACAGCACCUUCACUUGGAGAACACAGUAAACGUUGAUACAGUUCAACAAGAUGAUGUUAAUGAAAAAGAAACCAUUUCUCAGAUAUCUUCGUAUGAAAAUUUGGAAGUUUCAAUUGAACGAGGUGAGUCAGGAUUUGGAUUUAGCAUAGCCGGAGGAACGGAUAAUCAACACGAAAAUGGUGAUAAUAGAAUUUACAUAACAAAAAUAUCUCACAACGGAUCUGCAGCGCUUUCAGGGUUGCUGAAAACAAACGACAUAUUAGAAAAAGUUAAUGAUACCAUUUUAUCUAAUGUAAGACAUAUUGACGCUGUUAAUGCCCUAAAAACUUCAAGAAAUCCAGUCAAAUUGACAAUAAGGCGUAAAAAUAUUACUCAAAUACCGAUCAAAAUUGACCUGGAAAAAAUUAAUGGAACGUUUGGCUUUAGUGUAUCGGGAGGUAGAAAUAAUCAACAUCAAUCCGGUGAUAGCAGUAUAUUUAUAACAAAAAUCACAGAAGGUGGAGCAGCAGAAAAAGAUGGACGAAUUAAAAUUGGACAAAAAAUAAUUGGUGUUCAAAGUUCUAAGGAGUACAUCAAUUUUGAAAACGUCACACACGAAGAAGCAGUUGAAGCCUUGAAAGUUGCUUCUAAAAAUCUACGUCUGUUUGUUAUUGAUAGUGAAUUUAAAAGAUCUACUCAACAACUAUCCUCAAAAUGUGACGAAGAUACAGUUAUGAUUUCCAGUCAUGAAUCACUCAAAAAUUUAGAUGAACCAAAUGAUACUUCGAAUCUGAAGAAUUUAAACAAUAAAAACAAUGAAAUCUAUUUGAAAAGAAACGUACAUGGGUUUGGUUUCAAUAUAAUUGGAGGAGAAAAUAAUGAAGGAAUAUUUGUUUCCUCUAUCUUAAAAGAUGGACCUGCUUGGACCGACGGGAAACUAAAAGUAGGCGAUCAAAUUAUAAUAGUUAAUGAAAAAGACUUUAAAGGAAUAUCUCAUGAAGAUGCAGCAAAUUAUCUAAAAGGAUGUGAUGAAAUUAGAAUGUCAACAGAACACGAUAUUGCUCAUUAUGAUGAAAUUAAACGUAAUUUAUGCCAAAUGAAAUCGCUUGCAACACCUACCAUGAAGGUAUCACGAAAACUCAAUGAUGUAAAAAAAAUGCUUGUAAAAUGUCUUUUCGAUUAUGAUCCAGAAAAAGAUGAUGAUUUACCGAACCAAGGAUUACAUUUUCAUUUUGGUGAUAUUCUAUUUGUCAUUAAUGCAAGCGAUGAAGAAUGGUGGCAGGCAAAAAAAGUACAACCUUUAAGUUCUAUUGGAAUUGGUAUCAUACCAGGAAAAAAACGUUGGGAAAGAAAACAAAGGGCAAAAGAAAGAUGCGUAAAAUUUGAAGAAAGCACAAGCACACAGAUUGACAAGCUUCAAGAUAAAAAGAAAAAAAAUUAUACAUUUAGCAGAAGAUUUCCAUUCAUGAAAAACAAAGAAAAAGUCGAAGAUGUGGUAGAAAAUGAGCAAUCCCUAGUUUCGUGUUACACUGCAGAUGGUACAGAAAGUAAAGAUUCUUGCGAUAAGGAAAUUUUAUAUCGAGUUGAAUUACCGUACAUGGACGAACUCACACUAGUAUACGUUGAAAAAGAGAAUGAAGGAGAAAUGGUACAACGUUUAAGCAGUGACGAUGAAAUUAUUCCAUAUUUGGAAGUCAUCGAAAUUCCUUUAAAACAAAGGAGACCGAUAAUAAUUCUAGGACCCAUAAAAGAUCAAAUAAACGAUGAUCUUAUAUCCGAAUAUCCAGAAAAGUUUGAGAGCUGUAUUCCACAUACAACCCGUCCAAAAAAACCUGAUGAAGUAGAUGGCCAUGAUUAUCACUUUGUCCAUUCAAGAGAAAUAAUGGAAAAUGAUAUAAAAAAUCAUUUAUUUAUAGAAGCUGGUCAAUACAAUGGAAAUUUGUAUGGAACUUCCAUUUCUUCCAUAGCAGCUGUUGCUAGCCGGAACAAGCAUUGUAUCUUGGAUGUGAGUGAAAAUGCCAUAAAAAGGUUGUACUCAACUCAUUUUUACCCGAUCAUUUUACUUAUAAAGUUGAAAUCACCAGAUAUAAUCAAGAAAAUGAACCAAACUAUGAAUGAUGAGACAGCAAACUAUCAAUACCAGCGCAUCAUUGAAAUGGAACGUAAUUAUGUCGAGUAUUUAACAGGAAUCAUUGAUGGAGAAACAUACGAAGAUAUUUUUGAAAAAGUUAAAAAGAGUAUUUUCACGCAACCUGACGAUAUCGCUUUUAUUCCAACGAAAUUGAGUUUGUAAAGAGAAGUGGAUUUAUUUUUUGGAAAAUGAAAUAAAAUUAUCUAGACCUUA